GGAAACGGGAUCCCCUCUCCUCCGCUCCUCAUUAUUAUUUAUAUUUUUACCUACCUAUCAUAUCACUGAUUACGAAGUCCAAAGUUAAGUUUAGAACUUUCGGUCGCGAUUUGUCGCCUACGCAAACUUUUGAUUCGUCGUAGAGUGGUAGCAGGACGUGUCAGGGUAAAAUUGAAACUUUAUCGACUUUCGAGCGUCUAAGUGAACACAAAGUUUUAACUUCAGCUCUCGGGUUCAUCCUCUAACGCCCAUUAUCAUUUUUAUCACUAACCACCUCAACAUAGUUUCUUAUCAGCAUAUAUAAUGCGCUGCAUCUUACUUUUCAACAUAUCACCAUGUGAAACAAGCAGUGUUUCCUUUUCCCCCUUGAAUUUAAGUUUUUCUGUAGAGCUUACCCUUGUAGCAAUGUGCUUGUUGCCACUUUUGUCAAUCUUCAGUUCUCCAGCAUUCAUCGUCUGAAAAGUCCAUAGCCUCAGUGACUCUGCGAUCAUCACUCUGUCAUCAUGGAAGGAACUCAGGGUUCCUCUGAUAACGCACCAAACAAUGAAGGGAUUUUCUCCUGUGCCAGAGGAACACUUGAAAGUGCAUCCCGUUUGCUGCGGAGAAAAAUUCCACGAGCUGGACACUUAAUGACCCCAAGACGAUUAUGGAUUCAGACAGUUCCAACUCAGGAGUGUGAUGUUGUCAUCAUCCUGCCACCACAUUCAGAGGAUGCAGUACUCAUGUGGCUGUUAACGAAACUACGGGCUCCAUCAUUGGGUCUGAUAGUCCAUGUCAAGCUCCACUCAUCUACAGAAUCUUACUCAUUGUAUCUUACAGCCCCUUAUACUGUCUUGUUAAAAUAUGCAGAAGAGUUACACUUGCCCAAACGUCUACGUCAAGAAGUUGGAGGCGGGUUGAAAGAAUUUACUCAAUCCGAGGCUAAUUCGUUUGAAGGCACUGAAAACGAGGGAUCUUUUUUCACAACACAAGAAAGACAGUGGCUUGUAUUUCAUCUACUUCAAACAAUCAGAGCAAGUGCCGAUGAGGAUAUCGGCAAAACAAAAUUUAUUGUUGGGCAAGCCAUAAUUCCUAAAUGUCUUUCAACGGGUAUCAUCUCUCAAGUUUUCCCUCUACAUGACAUGCCAACUUUGAAAAAUCUACGGACAUCUUGGGUGCAAGCAUUUUUUGAAGCACAACCAAUAGAUCAAGUUUGUGAAUACUUUGGUGUGAAAAUAGCCAUGUAUUUUGCGUGGCUUGGUUACUAUAAUACAGCUCUAAUUGUACCUGCAGUAGUCGGCUUUAUAUUUUGGAUUGGUCUCUUCCGAGGCGAUCAAGUGCGGGAAGAUAUUGGAUUUGUCCUGUUUUCGUUCUUCAAUGUCCUCUGGUUUAGCAUCUAUUUUGAAGCAUGGAAACGCUACAGUGCUGAGCUAGCCUACAAAUGGGGUACGCUAGAUCAAAGGGACGAACUCCUAAUGGAGCCAAGACCUUUAUUCAGGGGAACUCUGGAGGUGAGUCCAGUCACAGGGCGGUUAGAACCAUUCUACCCGACCUGGAAAAGGAACUUGUUCCGAUACCUCAUUAGUGCCCCUAUAAUUGGUGUGUGUCUCAUCAUCGUAUUCAUCGUCAUGAUACUCAAUUUUAAACUUCAGGACUGGUGGGACAAAGUGAUAGCAGAAAAAGGUUAUACAUUUUACCUAAGUUAUUUGCCAAAAGUACUCCUGGCAGUCAUAAUUUCCAUUCUAGACGAAGCUUACUUCACAGUGGCAAAAUGGCUGAAUGAUGUUGAAAACUACAGACUUGAGACAAAAUACGAGAACAACUUGAUCAUCAAAGUAGCUUUGUUCCAGUUUGUGAACUCGUUUCUAUCUCUAUUCUACAUAGCAUUUUAUCUGCAAGAUCAAGAAAGGCUAAAAGAGCAAUUGGCAACACUUCUUAUCACUCGUCAGUUUAUCGGAAAUUUAAAAGAAUCUGCCUUACCUUACCUUCUUGAGCAGUUUCGACUAGCCAAGCUAAGUUUCGAUCUUUUUGGAGCUCUGAGUCCGACAGAGGCCAAAGCGCAAACAGAACCCCAGUUUGAUGAGGUGACUGAUCCAGAUUCUAAAAAACAGCAGAGCAAACCAACAAGCAAUCGCAGCAGGACCGUGAGUCAAGCAGAGCUUGAGUGUUCACUAUUUAAGUAUGAUGGAACGUUUGCGGACCAUUUAGAAAUGUUCAUCCAGCUUGGCUACGUUGUCUUGUUUUCCUCAGCUUUUCCACUCGCUGCAAUUUGUGCCUUUGUAAAUAACCUCAUCGAAAUCCGAAGCGAUGCUUUCAAACUUUGCUUCAUCUUUCAACGUCCUUUUGGGCAACGAGUCCCAAACAUUGGCAUGUGGCAGCAUGCAAUGGAAGUGAUGGGCCUAAUAGCUGUUUUGGUAAAUUGCGCCCUGAUUGGCUUGUCAGGACAAGUUCAUCGAAUGUUUCCUGAGAUGUCAACCACACAGACAAUUUUACUGAUAGUUGCUCUUGAACACAUCAUGCUCAUAUUACGCUUUUUCAUAUCAUGUGGCAUCCCUGAUUUGCCGGACUGGAUUGCGACUGAAAUUGCCAAAGUAGAGUUUGCUCGGCGAGAGGCGUUGAGCCGCCUGUCUUCCACUGCUCACACUCCUGGCCCCACGCCUCCUUCAUCUGCUCUUUCCAUCGGCCGAUUCAUGGUAUCGCAAUCAUCCAACGGAGAAGAGUCUGAAAAACAAAUGAAAGAAGCAGGAUCAGCCUCCUGUUCACACUCCUCAACGCCGAAAGAUGAAGCAAAACCAUGUAGCCUCAGCUCAACUCCACCGAAAGGUAAAGAACACAAACCGAAAAUGACCAUUUCUAAAAUCCCUCCGUUUAAACAAAAAUUAUCGAUGCCCUCCGAAACUGUUUCCGCCCCAUCUUCAGCAGUCCCGAAGGAUUGGCCUCUAAACGAUGGCGAGGACCAAACUUAUCACAUGACCAUUGGGACUCACAGCGGGGCUGACUUUGUCAAACGUCUUGGGCUGGAUAGCAAAUCCUCUCCGUUACGCAAAAUUAUCGACACAGACAAGUCCAUGCACAAAAGUACGGAAUGUCUGCCAACUGCACAAAAAAAAGCCGGCAGCUCUGAGUCAGAUUCGCAGCGUAUGCCAUGGUCCCCUGGGAGUAGACAGCAGAAAUUCCUAUUCCAUCCUCAAAAGAAUGAGCCGGAAAUAACCCCAGCACCAAUGGAUCCUGAUGCAAUCGCGGCAGCGGAGUCUGCCGCAAAGAAACAAAGACUGAAACAAACCCUUGUCAAGCGCGCAAGGAGUGUAGCAAUUUUCUCUUUAAAGUUGAAAGAAAAACGAGCGAAAGAAGCAGAGAAGUUAGAGAAAGCCAAAGAAAAAGAGAGGGAAAAGUCGAUACCGAAAGUUGUGGAUAAUUUGUUGGUUGGAGGUGAGUUGUCUUGUAUCCCUCUGGAAAAGUUGAUUCUCGUUGAUGAUGUUGCAAUUGGCGGUGGAACAAUGAAAAAAAGAGGUUCGUCUUCAUCGACCGGUGGAAGUUCGAGUUCCAGUCAGAAACCUUAGUGAUAAUAUUAUUUUAAGCUCAAAAUGAUUCGAACCAAAUAAUUCAUGUAAGUUAAAUUGUGUUGAUACUGAAGUGUAACUUCAUUUUCAGACAACAUUUUUUAUAAUAUGGGUCAAAUAAUAAUCCAAUCUCUCUCUAACUCAAUUUGGAACUUUGAAGUAAUGGGUCAGCUACAUACAUUUUUAUUACAUUUUAUUUUUAUUUUUUUAUUACUAUUUAUCUAUGUUACGUCUGAACUAAAUUAAUGUUUUAGGCAUUUAUCAUUAAUUUUCAAAUGAAGCAUGAUAGGCCUUUCGGAAAAGUAUGAAUCACAGCUCUUUGCAAAUCUCUUCUUCUUCAAAAUUUCACGAGGAAAAUGUAUCUCAUAAUGCCAAGUCUGAAAAUCCACUCCUGAAGAAGAUAUGAGUAUUUAUAAGUGCAGCUGAUCAAAUGGCAAAACUUCGAAGCCUGGAGAGAUUUUCGUUUUGUUGUAAUGGCAGUUGGCAGAAAGUCAUAAACUUAACCAAAUCCACCUGCGGAAAUUCGCCUAAUGAAGAGAAAACAUGUGACGGUUUUUGCUAGUUCAGACCUUGUCUAGAAAUUAAGUUUCAUAAGUACUAAAAAAACUGCAUAUUUGCUACCAGUAUCAUAUUUUUUUGUUUUUAAACCUAUUUUUUAUGGAUACGUUCUGACGGAGGUCUCAGUGCUCAUAUUUUGUGACCACUUUCUUCCUGUGUCAACCCCGGUAGUCGUUAACUUUUAUUUUUUUCUAUCUCCCAUUCGUUUUUACAAAGUAAGUAAUUUUUACAUGUAGGGCAUGGAGAAGAAAAUCUCGGCAUAACUUCUAGUCAGCUGCCAAAUUUGGACUGAAAAUAUGAUGGAAUAAGGAAAAUAGGUGAAUCACCUCGAUUUGCUUUCCAGAAAAGAGUCAACGUUUUGAACAAAAGAUUUUGCGUAAAACAAGUUUCAAAUUAUGUCUUUGUCCAUCUGGCAUGUCCUCAAAUAUCAGGGAGUUUUACCGAAAUGUGUCAGGAAAAUGUCAAGAAUUUCCUUUUCUAAAAGCAACCCUGAUUACAGUGAUUCCUGAGCUCAUUUAGUUAGUCUAUCAGAACUUUGAAAGUGUGGGACUGUCGGUUGUCCAAUAGCCAAGGCAGUCUAUUAAGAACGUCAGCUUGUUGGAGGCUAAAAUUUGUCAAGAGGGAAUAUUGGUCAGGAAACUGAUAUGACCAUUCAUUCAUGACGUGCGUUAAAUUGAAGUUUGAGUGAUAAUCAGUGUGAAGGCACUGUUGCAGGUGUUAUCCAUAACUUGCAUAUCUUAACUACAGUGUUCCAUAAUCUCAACUCAUUCUUUUUUUCCCCAAAGAAUGUUACCUGGCAUUCUGUAUGAAAUUUUAAAGGGUAUUCUUGAAAGGGCUAAAAAAAAAUUGCAUAACAGUGUUCAUAAUGCCUUGAAAAGUCCUAAACUGUACUUGAUUUUUAUCGAUAUACUUAAGUUCAUGAAUAUCCUUGAAUUUUGAGAAACUUAAUGAUAUUAAAGAGUCCAUACUAGUUCACAGAGGCUUGGCUAGGAGUCUUUAGAUUACUCAUACACAUAUCAAUAGUUAAAGUGCAAAACCAUGUUUCUUUAUUGCGGUGUUACAAAAUUUCUGCUCCUAUUUUAUUUUUCUGAACAGAAAUAAGCCAACUUUAUAGUGUGAUAUAGAAUAUCCUGCUAUUAGAGAACAGUAAUCAAGGAAGUUCUCAAAAAAUUACAUCAACUAGUUUUUUUUUAUGUAAAAAUGAAGUAAUGCAGGAAGUCCGCAACAUCACAGACAUAGAUACAAGGUUUCGUAUUUUGGCUAUCAAUAUAGAAAAGACAUUGCAAGGAAUUUGAUGAAACAGGUGUAAAGUUAAAUUCGAAAAUUAUUCAGUGGGCUUAAUGCGUCUCUGCAUUAAGUGUCCUUUUAUCCGUUCUUCUCUUGGUUUAGCACAUUGGCUAUCGAUACUCUCCAUGCUGCAUUUCAAUCAGAUUCAGUGGACAUUUCUAGACAUGAACCACAUUUAGUAAUAAGGCUCGAUUAUUUCUAGCUCAUUUUAGAAACAAUAUAUGCACCGUUAGUUUUCCUAGGCACUCUUAUGACUGAGCCAAUUAUAGUUGUUCCUUUUUGUAGAAUGAAAUCCAGUUUCAUCAAAAAAGCCAAGUUAAUUCAGUUUAGUACGGUACAUAACUGUUCUAAGAUUAUUCCAAAAAAUUGUUUUACGCACAGUGUUACUCGUUUGUACAUUUGUGUUUUCUUUCUUUUAAUUUGAUGUAGCUAACUUUUAGUCAGCAGUAUCAUAUCAUCGAAUUGUAUCACAGAAGACUUUUUUUUAAUCGUAGAAAAAAAAUUCUAGGACAAUUAAAUUAAGUAAAAAUUAAUGAUGAGUCAGUUUCCAAAAUGGAUCAAACUUUUUGAUUUACAUUGCGAAUAGCAAAUUCACUUUUUCCAUCACUCGGGAAAGCAAUUUGCAGGAUGUACAAAAAAACCAACUUACAUUUGUCUUAAUUGCCAAACUGGCCAUAAUGUUUGGCCAUAAAGUGGUACGAGCUAUUAAAUUCAUGAAAGGAGCUGAAGAACCUUUCGAAAAAACACAUAUUUGCAUUGGUUGCUGCUUGAUUUUGCAGCUAGUUGCGCAUUUCUUUGUCAACCAGAAGCUUUUAAAUUUAUAUGUUAGUCUUCUUAAGUAUUCUAAUUUUUUUAGGCAAUUUUUCCUGAAUAUUCUGUGGGUCAGUUGAACCAUUCUUUGAGUUAAAGAACAGUAAGGUGCACAAUCUUAGCAGCACUAGAUGCCCCCUUCCUAUCACUAGGACAGCCCCCUUCCUAUCACGAGGACUUAUUCAUUCCAGCUUCGCAAGCUGAAGACCCAAACCUACACUACCACAUUCCUUUUUGAGAGUUGGCGGAUAUUUGUGGAUGCUCGCCUCAUGAACGUUUCCACUAACUUUCAUAUUGGCUACCCUGUGCCUGGACGAAAUCGCCGCUUGUGCGGGCAGAGUCGAUACAGGUACGGGGGCGCCACAUGAACUAUUCAUUUCUUUAGAACUAAAAUCCUUCCAAAAAGACACGAGCACCCCGUAAUAUUACAGCAGAUCUCUCUGAGGAUUGUGGUGUCUGCGGGCAGAUUUUAGAAACCACCUUGGUUGACGCAUAACCUAAAAAAAAGCAGCACUAGAUGGAUAUGUGCCCUUUUCUCCGAUUGAUCCUCCAACUGCCAUGCUAGGGUGCAAGAAAGCCCAGACUUGCUAUCGGUGCAAAGCUUAAAACACAAUGAAAAUAGUGGCAUUUUGAAUAGAGUGAAGUUUUUGACCUAUGGAUCACUAGAUAAGGCACCAAAUGAAGCAUUCUACAUUUCCGAUGAAGCCAAAGUGUCGAAAUUUCGGUUUUCAUGUUUUCAUACUGCAAAGACAGUCAAAGUAAUGUAUACUUAGUGUGAGUUUUAACUUAAGUAGAUAAUGGACUUUUUUAUGGGCGAAAUUUUUAUUUAUGCACCAAAAGCAUCAUUAUCUUUGUCAGGAGUUUCUUUCGGCAACGUUUGUUGUACCAAUCAAGUUUCAUGUGCAACUUUGAUGAAAUAUACUUGUUGUAAUACUUGAAUUGACAUCCUCUCUAAUAGUCCGUUACAAUCUAAAGGAAGAAAAUUUAUCAUCAGGGGUUGUCAGGCUAGACUAACGAAACACCAUAUCACAAGAAACAUCACUUUUCAUAAGUUUUGGAAUUUUUCUCACUCCUAUCGAGUGUGCCAUUUUCUUGGUUUUUGAAUCAUCGUCCAAUGAUAGUACUUUAAUUUCUCUUUCUUUGAACUAACUUGUUCUAGUUUUUUUCCUUGUCUGUUGAUGUUUUUAUGAAUUCGGGUCAUUGUUAUCAAUGAAAGACUGAUUCAGUGCGACCAGCAUUAAUGGGUCUCACCACACUUGUACUUACUCAACGUUUUAAUUCCAUUAUUAUAUUCUCUACCACUUUUUUUAAAAAGUAAAGCUAGUUUUGUUGUAGAUUCUUUAACAUUAAGUUAUAUUUCUAGGCUCUCUUUCUUUCUUUUUCUACUCUGAUAAGAUUCAAGGUGAGUGAAACGAAGGUAUGCUCUUCCGACACAGACUACCUAAAAUCGACAAAACGCUCAAUUACGUUGUUUUUUUUUUCAGUCUUGGUAGAAAAUUUGAAACAGGAUUCCACCCGAGCAUUAUUCAAUUCUUAUUGGUCUGCUUUCCGGCCCGGGCUGAACUUGUUGUUGUCAAGACAGAAACAAAACCAACGUCAUUGAGAAUGCAGCCAAUUUUGGGUGCCUAAGUAGGGAAAGAGCAUACUUUAAUUUCAUUAAUCUUGGAAAAGAUUGUCCUCUGUAUAGUUUAGCUAAGAGGAUGCGUGAAUUGGCUCAGAACUGUGCAAAAACCGCUAAAUGAGCAAAAAGUACCUCCUGAAUUUUUCAGAUUUUUUUGUAAAAUGCCGUAAUUUAUUAUAUUGACAAGGCUAGUGAAGGUGAAAUGCACUCUUGCAUAGUUAUAAUUGUUUCGAAAGAUCUCUUGCUGUCUAUCUCUCUCUUUUAAUGUAUCUUUAUCUCACCAUUCCAGUGUUUUUACAGACCUUUUAAGCCGUCAUAUUAUUUUUUAGUCCGACCCAUUUUAAAUAUUACCUAUCUAUAAGUUGUAGACUCUUUCACAAAAGUAUUUGUAUUCAACAUCCACCGAAAACAUUUUACUGGCUGUUACAAAGCGUUCCUUAAAGCGUUUCCCAUUCCUCGGUAUUUAAGUCAUAAGUCAUAACUCAACAUGUAAACUUAAUGUUAUAACAAAUCUUGGAGCGUUUUUUUGCAUAUCGUUGCAUUUUUCCUCCUGUCUCAAUGAGAGGGUGUUUGUAUGUCAAGAAUAUCUGGGAAGAGCACAGAUAUUUUUGAGGGAGUUUAGAAGCACUGAAAAAGUACAGGAAGCAUACGAAUGGGUCAGUGCGUUGUUUGCAUUAGCUGAAGUCGUUACCUCAAGAGUUAUGCAACGAAUUUCGUGUUUGCUUGUAGUGUGAUAGAGGGGUGCAAAAUUUACCCGAGCAACCAUUUUAAUAGUUUUACUGAGCUUCGAAGAUGUUGGCUGCAAAAUGGUACUUGAAAACAUUGUUCUGCCUUUCCCCUCAAAUUUUAGGAGCCUCUUUGACUGGGAAGCCUAAUUUUUAGGAGCCAAGUUGACUUCUUGAAUAUGCAUCAUGGUGCAUGAAAUUUACCGCUGCACUGCAAACGGUAUGUUGAGAGCGCAAAAGCUGCUGCUCAAUUUUGAGUUUUAAAAAACUCACAGGAUGCACCAAGUUUCGACCCAGCCGUUCCAAUGUGUAUGCGCAUUUGGCUCUUGGUUCCGGAAGGCAGAACACUGUUCGAAAAUCACUCACUUUUUCACCAAGAAAGGGCCUGUUAUUACAUGCUAUGGUUAGAAAACGUACUUAAAAAGCCUGUACAUUUGUUGAUGGAUCCCAGUAGACACUCUGCAUCAGAAACUAUCACCCAUAAAAUUAUGUACCUAUUGUUGUUAGAAUUCUCUAUCUUCAUCACUCACAGGAACGUUCCAAAUUUUCCCACAAUUUAAUGUAGACUUAAGUAAUUGAGUUGGAGAUUCACUCCUGAACUAUUAUGAAAACUGUUACAGUUCUAUUGACUAUUGAGCAACAAAAAUAUUCGCGAAGCACUGAAAAAUAUUAUUCUCUGCACCUUUUUUUAUCCAGUGGUCUGCCUUCCCCUCAAAAUUUUAGAGGCCACCUUGGCCGGAAAUUCCAGUUUUUAGAAGCCAAAUUAACUUCUUGUAUUCUUUUUGCACAACUUUUUGUUCAUGAAAUGCAAAUAAUGCUUUUGCAAUUUCGAGUUUGAAAAAUCGAGGGGGUGCCUUAACUUUCUUGGGUGUUUCUCAGGUGUCAUGAUGAUCCAGUCCCCCAAUUUUUAGGCACCAAAGCCCGAUUUUUAGGAGCAUCCAAGGGAGGCAGAACAUUGUCCUUAUCUGCUUUUACCUAGAAAUUUCUCCGUAGUAAAUUUAUUUUGAGAAAUAUUGUUUUUACAAACAAAUAAUCUAAAAGGGUUAUUCGAUCCAAGUAUAUUCUGUAUUGUACAGGAAUAACAUUUUUUUGUAAAAACAUUUUUCAUUGCUUAAUUUCCUUUUUUUUCCUCAGAACUGAAUUGUAAUUGAUACAGUUUGACUUCUUUGAGUUUUUAGUGUUAGACUAGCGGAAGUAUUCUCGUGCAAUUUUUUUUAUCAAUUUAAAUUAUCCCUUGGUCAGAAUGGAAGCAAAUUUUUAUAAUUAUUAUUUUAUUUCUCGAGUGCGAAGAAAAACUCAAUAAAAUAAGUUUGUGCCUAGUGUUCUUACAUUUAAGUUGUUACAAGUUGUUAGCGUUUGCUCGUCAAAAGCAUGUUUUAUUUUGAUACUAUUGUUAAGUUUCAUAAUGCUUUUUAUGCCGCUUUAUUGUUAUUUGUGAUUCCAAACUGUACAGUUUGAAGUAAAAUUCCGCUUUGAAAUACAGCUUUCUCUUAAUAA